AUGGCACCUCUUCCUGGUUUCACCGGCAAUCCCUUCCGCAGCCGCGCCGACAUGGUCGGAGCGGCCUCGGCCUUCAUCAAUCCGCUGCACCCCCACAAAUCUGCUUCGGGCGCCCGUAUCCGGCUCCCGAUUGAGACAGCCGCUGGCUUCGACGAUGUCGCGGCGCAAUUGGAAGGCUUUGCCAGGCCUCUGUUUGCUGUCGCUCCACUCUUGAUGACAGAGGCGACGGCGCAAGAAGAUCCGAAGCUCUUGACCUGGGUCCAUGGCCUCAGUAAUGGUGUUGAUCCCUUGCAUCCCGAAUAUUGGGGCGCCAUCGGUCAUGUCGACCAGCGCAUGGUCGAGACAGAGAGCAUCUCCUUCACUUUACUGUCGAACCCAGAUAUCGUAUUGAACGCCAUGAGCGAAACGGCACGCAACAAUCUAGUUGCCUGGCUCAGCGGAAUGAACGGGAAGCGCAUGCCCGAGAACAACUGGCGCUGGUUCCGCGUCCUGAGCAACCUGGCAUUGACCAAAGUGCUGGGUGUACCCGCAAGCGACGUGCAAGCCCAGGUCGACGAAGACUUUCGCCAUGCUGGAUUCAUUUUACGUCGGCGAGGGGAUGGAGCAGCGACAGCCUCUGGAGCGAUGGCCGAGCGCAGGCCGACUACUACUCGGGCAGCUUCGCCAUGCAGUUCGCGCCACUGCUGCCUUCUUCUUCGUCAUCUUCGGUGGUGGGCAGCGCCAGAGCGUGCUACCAUGUUCCACACGAAUGGCUGUUUGAGUAUCGGCUUUCUCUAUCCCAACAUGUACAUGAGCGAGGACUACAACUCUCCUCAGUCAGUGUACUGGUGUCUGAAGUCGUUCGUUGUGCUCGCGCUCGGAGCAGGAGACGGAUUCUGGCAGUGCGAGGAAGGAGUUCACCCCGCUGACCUUCCAUCACCCGCCUUCCAGCCUGCUGAGGUGAUCUGGCCCCCUCGUCAAAUCCUUGUCAACGAUAGUGUCCAUCACUACUUGCUGUCAUCAGGCCAAGGGACUGUGAAACCUUUCAAAGCACGGGAAGCCAAGUACGGCAAGCUUGCAUAUUCAUCUACCUUUGGUUUCAGCGUGCCGACGGGGACGUUGCUCCAUCAGCUUGCCCCGGAUAGCACGCUUGCUGUUUCCAUCGAUAAUGGUGAAUCUUGGAGCCUCAGACAGAGUCCUUCCGAUGUUGGGCUUGUGCAGGUCAAAACCCGCGAUGAGACUUCAUCUGGCAUCACGAGCCGUUGGAGGCCGUGGAGCUAUCUUGAUAUCGUUAUCGACACCACACUCAUCAGCAGCCCGGUGACCUUCCCCGGAUGGCAUUUCAGAAUCCACAAGCUCAACUAUUCUUCUUUGCCAAGCUGGACGCCGUCCCUUCAGGUAGUGGACGGCGGGUUUGCCAUCGCCUCAACGACUGAGAAGGGAUUGUUUUUUCCUGAAGCUACUCAGGUCGACUUUGAUGGCACAGAGUGUUAUUCUGUUUCUGCCAAGGAACGGAGAUCUCUUGUUAUGUCGAGGAAAAGUGCAAGUGGUAUCGCGGACCUAUCUAGUGCGUCGGUGGCCGAACAACUUUCAACCAGUGCUGAAGUCCUUCGUCCAGACCCAAACACAAAUCUGAUGGCAUCGCGAACGCAGAUACCAACGCUCAGGCGCAAGUUCCCGCCACAGCUUGGGAAUGCCGAUAUGGUCAUAGUCACGGGUGUGUUCGCCACUAGUCAUCCCUGCCGUCAGGAGGCAGUACGCUCAUGGAACGCACCGCCGACAGAAUUCUUAUUCUUAGGCGGCGUCUGGACUUUGACGUGA